AUGAUCUUUACAGAUUUGCAGAUUGGGAAAGGUAUUCAACUAGAUCUGAUUUUAGAAGGAGAUGUUUGGUUAAAAUAUCAGAGUGAUCAUUCAGUUUUUUUGCAGUCGUAUUAUUUAGAUAGAGAAGCUGGCCAAGCACCAGAAGAUGCAGUCCAUAAAAUGUAUCCUCAUGCAUACAUUGAAGUUUUUGAUCUUAGACAGUGUUACAAGCAAAUGUGUCAACAAGCUGAAACAGCUCAAAAUGCAGCAGCAGUUGCAGGACACCUAGCAGGAUAUAAUAUUGUGCUUGGUAUUGGUCCAGUUAUAAACAGAAAUCAAAUAUUUUAUUAA